AUGGAAGACGAUCCCGAGCCCGUUUCUUUUUGUCCCUACCGGAGACAAGUUACUUAUGACCCGUCCUCUGUCCAGACGGGACGAUACGAAGUCCAAACGCAGAAAUUUGAACUACAGACCUCGAAAUUUGAGCCUACAAAACAAACGAGAUACGGCCGUCCCAAGACAUUUACGGGCACGGAUAAGGAUCUCGCUUUGCUUGCAGCGUGCGAGAAAGGGAGUUCUUCUGAAGAUCGAGUAGUUGACGACUCUGAUGAUGCUUCCGUGAAAGGGGACGACCAAGACGACGAUAGCCCUGCCUCUGCCAUACCCAAGGCUGACACCGAGGUGCAAGAAACUAUGGAUAGCGGGGGAUUGAAGGAUGAUGACGGUGGUGGCGGACCUUUAGAUGAGGAGGAGGCCAGCAUACCCCAGCCUGUCGCAUCAGAAUCCCCUGAUGAUGCUUCUAGUCUGCCCUCAGUUGGCCCUGAACCCGCAAUCGAUUCUCAGGAACAGAGUUUGGAUGACGGGAUCUCCCGAUCAACCGAUUCGAAGACUGCUCAUAUCGCUGUUGACAUCGCUCCACUCACUGCUGAAUUUAAAUCUAAGGCGAAGAACAGCAAACAAUCGAAGAAAGACGCAAAGAAGGAAAAGAAACAAGACAAGAAGUCCAAACAGGCAGAGAAAGAACCUGAAGAGCCAACCGAAGCUGAGAAAUUCGACGAAGAAGCACCGAAGCCUGGCAAGAAAGGGAAGAAGGGAAAGAAGCAAGACAAGUCUUGGGAACCCGAACCAGUAUUCGAGAAGGAGGUAGAGCUUGAGAAACCCGAGAAGCAGCAGAAAGGGGGGAAAGGCAAGAAGGACAAGAAGAAUCAGAAGGGAGGCAAGGGGAAGGAAAAAGGAGGAAAGAGUUCAACAAUUGUGCCAGUAAUGGCAGAUUCUCCCGCCGACGAGCCUACACCUCCACCAACAGACGACUCGUUACCAUCGGAUAGUCCUGGGGAGACCGAGACCAGUCUCGCUGCCGAUUCCGACCCAGUACCCGAGCCAGCAGUCGAGCCCCCAGCUGAGGGUGACCCAUCUGCUUCUCCUGGACUAGACGAAUCUCCCGAGCCUGCUGCCGAAGCGGAAGAAGAGAUUCCUGUGGAGAGCGAGCCAUUGCCCGAUGCGGACUCGGCACCAGCAACAGACGAACCAAGCCAGAGCGAAGAGGUGCCAGCCCCUGUGGAAGAGCCUCCCGCUGCUCCCGAGGAGACAAGUCCUGAGCCUGUAGCAGAAGAACCAGAAGCUCCGGCUCCAAGUGCUGAUGAACCGAGUGCUGAAGAACCAACUGCUGAAGAGCCGAGUGCUGAAGAGCCGAGUGCUGGGGAAGCAAGUAGUGAUCCAGUGGUCGAAGAUGCACCAGCUUCAGCCACCGAGGAAGCUAGUCCUGAGCCGGCGGUCGAAGAUGCCCCCGCCGCUGCUCCAGAGGCUGAACAAGCUAGUCCUGGGCCCGAGCCAGUGGUAGAAGAAGCACCAACUGCGGCAAGUGAAGAAGCCACGCCAGAUCCUGUGCUGGCAUCCUUGAUCUGCAAACACGGACUGACCACGCAUGUAUUGCAGAUUGAGGAGACGCCAGCACCGAUAGAAGAACCCGCCUUAGCCUCAGCUGAAGAAGAGACUCCAGCUGCUGCUGCUGAGGAGACAAGCCCAGAACCUGUAGUUGAUGAGACACCAGCCCCUGCAGAAGAGACUCCCGCUGGCGAAGAAACCCCGGCUCCUGUCGACGAAGAAUCAUCUGUGCCGGAUCCAGAACCUGAAGCAGUCAAAGAGGAAGAACCCAUUGUCGUAGAAGGGUCACCUGCUUCAGAAUCCGAGCCGGUGAAAGAAGAAGGAGUACCAAAUGUGGACGAGACGAGUACCCCGAAUCUAGAACAAGCCGAAGAAGAGGAAGCUCCUGCUGCUGCACCGGAAGAAACGUCCACCUCUGAACCAGAGUUGGAGCCUAGUGAAGGAGAUAUUCCCGCCGCUGAGACUCCAGAAGAAGCACCUUCUACAGAGCCAGAAGCAGAGGCAGAGGCAGAGCCGAAGCCAGACGCAGAGCCAGAGCCGGUAAGCAAUUUCCGACUAUGUUUUGCCCAAUCCGAUGGGCGGAGUAAGAGUGAGGCUCAUACGUUUCAGGUUGCCGAGGCUCUUGAAGCAGUCAGUGAGCCAGCUGAGGGAACACCGAGCGAGGACGUCUCUGAACCAGUGGCUGAAGAGCCCACUCCAGAGCCAGCUGCGGAGACCCCAGAAGAAGUCAGUGAGCCGAUUGCUGAGACUGUGUCUGAGCAUAUUGCCGAAGAAGGAGUUCCGGAAACAGAAGCAGCCGCUGAGGCUCCAGAGGAAGCCAGGGAGACAGUGACUGAAGCAGCUGAUGAGCCCGUUUCUGAGCCUGUUGCUGAAGAUGCAAGCCCUGAACCAGUUGCCGAAAUUACAGAAACCAGCGAGCCAGCUGAUCUGGAUCCAGUAGUCGAAGAGGCUGUUACAGAACCAGAAGCAGCCGCCGAAUCUUCAGAAGAAACCAGCGAGCCGGUCGAACAGACUACUGAGCCAGCAUCUGAGCCAGCACCUGAGCCAGCACCUGAGCCAGCACCUGAGCCAGCAUCUGAAGAGGCAACCCCAGAACCAGAGCCCGAGGCCGUAAGCAAUUCUUCAUUUCGUUUCUUUGUGGGGCCAAAUGCUCCAACACCCAUCUGUUUAGAAAUGAUCCGAGAAGCUGACGAUAAUCAGAAUGUUGAGAGUCCUGACAUUGCGGCUCCCGAGGAGACUCCUGCUGUGGCCGAAGAUUCCCCUGAAAUCGCUACCGAGACUGCGGAAGAUGAGCCAAAACAGGUUGAUGGAGAGCCUGCGCCAGCGGUUGAGGAGACCCCCGAGGCUCCUGAAGUUGUAUCUGAGCCUGUAACCGAGGAUUUGGCUACGCCUGCAGUGAGUAAUGCUCUUUAUCCUUCGAUUCCCCGGAGUUCGCUCAUGCAACUCCGGUAUUACGCCGAAGAACAGAAAGAAGAAGAGACGGCACCAACAGAGCCAGAAGUACCUUCAACAGAGAGUGACACACCAGCUCCUGUAAUUUCGGAAGAACCGCAAGCCGAAGAAGCUGCCGAGAGCACCGAAGAAGAGACUCCAAAGGACGCCGACGAAGCUACUGAGCCGGAAGCAGCAGAAGUUGCCAGUGAGGACCCGGCACCUGUUGUUGAAGCCGAAGAAUCGAUCGUGGUUGAGGGUGAACCCUCGCCCGAGGAACCUGCCUCGAAACCCGAGGAGGAGGAGCCUGCCAAUCCCGAGAACGAGCCAGACGAAGUGGUCCCCGUAGCUGAUAGCGAAGAGGUCGUAGUUCCGGUUGAAGAGGUCGAGGGGUCUAGGCCUGAGGAGGAGCAAGCAGCUCCUUCUGAGGAACCAAAGGAAGAAGCCGAGGCCCCAGUCGUAGAAGAGGCCGCCCCUGAGGUGGUACGAGAGUCAAUGGACAAGCCAUGGGUCGAGGAGUCUACGCCUGAGGAGGAGCCAGCAGCUCCUUCCGAGGAACCAAAGGAAGAAGCUGAGGCCCCAGUCGUAGAAGAGGCCGCCCCUGAAGUGGUCGAGGAGACGCCUGCUGACUCUACCGAGACACACCCUGUUGUGGAAGAAGAUGAAGGGGAGGCCGAAGUUGCAGCCUCGGAGGAGCAGGAACAGCCGGCUGUCGAUGAGCCAGAAGUACCGGCCGACGAAGAAAAACCCGAAGAGCCACCUUCGGAGUUACCAACUCCAGCAGAGGACGAGCAGAAGGACGAAGAGCCAGCCCCUGCUGAGGAACCAGCUGAAGCAGAGCCAGCUGUCGAAGAGCCAGCCCCUGCUGAGGAACCAGCUGAAGCAGAGCCAGAAGCUGCUGUCGAAGAGCCAGCUCCAGAAGCUGCUGUCGAAGAGCCAGCUCCCGCUGAGGAACCAGCUGAAGCAGAGCCAGAAGCCGUUGUUGAACCAGAAGUUGAAGCCACUCCCGAGGCCAAUCCCGAGGAUGCUCCCGAAGAUUCCCCCGAAGAUGCUCCCGAGGCCACUCCCGAAGAUACUCCCGAGGCUACACCCGAGGAUACUCCCGAAGCCACUGCUGAGGUUGUAGAAGAAGUGAAAGAGGAUGAACCAGAAACUGAGGUUACUCCUGAAGUGGUUGAAGAGGUUAAAGAAGCUGAACCUGAAGUCGAGAGCCCUCCUGAUGUCGUUGACCCUUCACAGGAAGACGAUAGCAAGGAAGUCGUGGAAGACAAGAGCAACGUUUUGGACGAUGCACUUCCAAUUGCCACUGGGGCAGCAGCAGCCAUCGCCGCUGGAGCUGUCGCAGCUGAAGUCCUCUCUGACGACAAACCCGUGACCGACAAAGCAAUCGUCGAAGAACCUGAACAGCUUCCAGAGGUUGCCGAAGAACCAAGCCCAGGCGACGCUCCUCAGUCUGCUAAAUCCGAGAGAGAGAAGCACAGGCAUCGAUCAUCGCGACAUUCGCGCUCGGGUCAUCACCGGAGUAGUUCUAGCAAAGAUAUCCCUCGUGACGAGCGUCCUCACCACAAGCGCCGAGAGAGAGAGUCGUCGCCCAAGACGUCUUCUAGAUCUUCCAGGCCAAGCCGCCAUGAUAGUGGAGUAAGUGCUGGAAGUUCGGGCUCGCACAAGCACCGCAGUGAGCGAACGCCCGAAGAGCAAGCUGCCCACGAGAGGCGAAAGGAGGAAAAACGCGCCAGGGCCAGAGAGGCUGAGUUUGAUUUCUCUAAGUCGGUUGGCUCUGGAAACACUGCACAUGCCACUGUGCCACCAGUCUCGAGACGGCUAUCUUCCUCGAGGAGACACAGCACAGCUGAUAGCGACAAACGCAAAUUAAUGGAUCUGAAAGGCGUGAGUGUCGUUAAGGCCCCGUUCAUCGCAUCCGAGAAGCCUCAUUAUAAAGAGGUGGUCGAGAAAGUCAAGGCGCCUAUCAUGGAGCGGCCUCGAUUCUCCUUGGACCACGAGAGGCCGAGAAUCUUAAGACGGGAAACUACGAGUCACCAUACUCGCUCUCAUCGUAGGGAUAAAGAGGAGGAAGAUAGGGAGAGGGAGAAACGUAGAUCUGCUGAGGAGAGAGAAGCGAGACGUGCGAGAAGGGAGUCCGACAAAGCGACUCAGCUUGCUAGAGCCGAGGUUGCGGGAGAGGCGAGGAGACAGCAGGAGAAGGAGGACGAGGAGAGGAGAGCGAGGCGAGAGCAGAGGAGACGGAAGAGGGCCGAGGAAGCGGCAGCUGCAGAGAAGCUCUGUGAGGUUAGUGAUGAGAAAACCCCUCAGCCCAGCGUUGAGAGACGUAAGAGGUCGCGAAGGGAACGGGACGUUGAGGACGUUCGAGACGGCGAGGGUCCUAGAAGCAAGGAGAGAGUGCAUCGACACCGACACAGGCGUGAAAAGGAGGAGGAGCGAGAGCGAGAGAGAGAGAGAGAGAAACCGAAGAGCGCGCUCAGCUCCUUGUUCUCGAGUGUCAAGAAGAAGGUUUUCCACUGA